UGUAGCAAGGAGCAUUCAUGUCACAUUUAUUUCGUUUUUCAUUCAUUUUUCACGCCAAAUUAUGUGAACUUUUCGGUGCGUUAUGUGGUGACGAGUUGGUUUAGUUAGUGUUGCGAUACGUUUGUAAUAAACAAUAAUUUCUCUCAUAUUAUGUAGUACUAUACAGCCCGUAAAAAGUAAUGAUUAAUGUUGAAAGUAAUGAGGAUUGGCUGCAAUAAAAAUAUUAAAAGUUUUCGAUAGCGAGAGAAGUUAUUAUUUUGGGUUUUGGAAAGAAAUAUACCUGUAUUUUCUACAAGACUCGCCAUUAUCUGUUUUGUAUUGUGACUAGUGAAAAUAUUAGAUUUACCCCAUUUGUAGUGCCGUUUGAAGCGGUGGAUUGCUUCUUGCAGUGUAACAGUUAAGAAAGGUACAUCUUCAAGUCACCGUAGCGGUAGAUGCACUUUUUGUGUUCGUUCCGAAAAGAACGCGCCGCUUAGCCGCCGUCCAACGUCAACCUGGCACCACAUGCAGCACCCGUUCACGAGUUGACGCGUGGACCAGCCAUCGUUCCCUUGGCACAUAUUUGAAGUAAGGACGACCCGGAUCAUGACGCCGCCGCAAGCAUAGCCAUUCAGCGGGCGGCAGCGCCAGCGCAUUGCUUGUAACAUUGCAACCUGGAUCCGAAUUGGAGAUUAUACGUGCGGCGAAGCGAUGGACGACGCGGGCAGCAACAAGCAGCGGCAGGCUACGAGGGUCUUCAAAAAAAGCUCACCAAACGGCAAGAUAACAGUAUAUUUAGGAAAACGAGACUUUGUCGAUCACAUCUCACACGUAGACCCGAUUGAUGGAGUGGUACUAAUUGAUCCAGAGUAUGUGAAGGACAGGAAGGUGUUUGGUCACGUGCUGGCCGCGUUUCGUUACGGCCGGGAGGACCUUGAUGUACUUGGCCUGACCUUUCGGAAAGACCUCUAUUUGGCUGCUGAACAGAUAUUCCCCGUGACGGGCCAGAAGCGGCCUCUGAGCCGGCUCCAGGAGCGCCUGGUCCGCAAGCUGGGCCCGGCGGCGCACCCGUUCUACUUCGAGCUGCCGCCGCACUGCCCCGCCUCCGUCACGCUGCAGCCCGCGCCCGGCGACACCGGCAAGCCGUGCGGCGUCGACUACGAGCUCAAGGCGUUCGUGGCCGACACGCAGGACGACAAGCCGCACAAGCGAAAUUCAGUCCGUCUCGCGAUCAGAAAGAUAAUGUACGCGCCGAGUAAGCAAGGUGAACAACCCUCAGUGGAAGUCUCCAAGGAGUUCAUGAUGAGCCCCAACAAACUAUACCUCGAAGCCUCUUUAGAUAAGGAGCUGUACCACCACGGUGAGAACAUAGCGGUGAACGUGCACAUAGCGAAUAACUCGAACCGGUCGGUGAAGCGGAUCAAAGUGUCGGUGCGACAGUUUGCCGACAUCUGCCUGUUCUCCACCGCGCAGUACAAGUGUACCGUCGCCGAAGCCGAGAGCGAAGAGGGUUGUCCGGUGGGUCCAGGGUUCACACUAAGCAAGGUGUUCACUCUGACCCCACUCCUGGCCAACAAUAAGGACAAGUGGGGUCUGGCGCUCGAUGGUCAGCUGAAGCAUGAGGACACAAACCUCGCCUCCAGCACCCUAGUAGCAGAUCCAGCACAGCGUGAGAACCUCGGCAUUAUUGUACAAUAUAAAGUUAAAGUGAAAUUAUGUCUGGGACCACUGGGCGGCGACCUAAGCGCCGAGCUGCCGUUCAUCCUAAUGCAUCCGAAGCCUGAGGAGGAGUGUCCUCGGGCCAUUGCUGACCCGCCGCCCCCCGACGCCGACCUCAUCCAGCUCGACCCGCAUCCAAACGAGAAUGGUCAAGACAACGAUGACGACAUAAUAUUCGAAGACUUCGCUCGGCUCAGGCUGAAAGGCGCGGAGACGGACGCUUGAAGUGAGCGCUCGGGACUCUCCUCUCCUCGCCACGCCUCGUUCACACUAUACACUACUCUAGACGUACACCGAUCAGUUACCAAUCUUCAUCACGAGCUAACAAACUUCACAGAGCUUACAAACAUCAUAAUAGUUAUUUAUGCAACUGUUGUGUAAUAAGGGGUAUUAAAACACGAAUGUGGGUUUAUGUGAUAAUUUUAUCAUGUGAGUGUUUUAAUACCUAAUUAUCAACAGUUGCAUACAAGACUUUAUCUACACCCAUAAUAUGAAUCCUCUAUAAAAGAUUCUGAAACAGUUAGCUUACUGCUAACAUUAAAAAAGCCUGUCCUAGUAACCAUUACAUAUCGAGUGUUGUAAUGUUGUACUGAAUUUCAUUACAACACUCGUUUUUAUGAUGUAAUGGUUAUUGGGACAUUGGGUGUUUUAAUGUUGGUAAUAACUGUUUUAGAAUCUAUAAUAGAGGAUAUAAAACAUGGGUAUAGAUAAAAUAUUUGAACGUGACUUAUGACAUCAAAUAUUACUUUAAUAAAAGUUCUAAUUUGAUAAGGUGAUAGAUCUAUAAAGGCUGGCGACUUCCUAGUAAAACAUGACAAGAUUGCUUACAAGUAAUUCGACUUUUCAAUAAAAAAAAAUGUUAUACUCCUUAAAUUAAAUACGAAAUGAAUUUUCAAUUAAUCUGAGGACAUCUAAUAUGGAAAGUCACUUUUAUACGUGGCAAUUUUUGAACGCAGCCUUUGCAAAGUCAAUUAAAUAACUAGAGAUUUGGAGAAAUUAUUAAUAGUAAUAUAUUGUUAUAAUAUCCAUUUUUAUUAUGAAUUGUUUGCACUCUGGAAGACUGUGGAACUUAUAGAAUAACGUUGAUGCAGUGUACAGUUAUGAACAAAAUUGAUGUGUCCAAAAAUAUAAACAAUAAUAUUAAGUUAAUGAUCGGAGGGUAUACGGUGUGGCGGGCAGGCGCGAUAGUUAGUUACGUACGAUAUGUAAAGACAGGAACAAAGUAGAUCACUGUACAGUGUAUAUGAAAGCCACUUCAGAAAAUGCUUCUGUUUACUUCCCGAUUACGUGUUGCUGCUAUCCGUGGUGUCCUGUCAAACUUAAUUGGAUGUAAUACCAGAAAAACGUUCCAAACCACGAUCAUGUCGAAAUUGAGUUAAGAAUACAAAACUGGUCACGUGAUUUAUAUUAACGGACUGACAAAAAAUGCCGGCCCUACUGUCACUCUUUAAAUGGCAUCAUGAAUAAUGGAUGGAGCUUCAACUAAAGAGUCGAGUCUGCCAUAUUGUUUAAGUAGGACAAGAACAACAGUAACAUGUUAUCGGAGAUCGUUUGUAAAUUUAUUUGUGAUGCACUUGUCGACACAUCUAGGUAUAAACAAUAUUUUAUUUUAUAUGUUACAAAUACGCACAGGACAUUAUUGCUGUUUGUGUCACGGCUUUAGGUAUUUUAAUAUUUUAUAUAAAAAUGAAUGUGUAAAUCAUAUUUGUAUUGUAGUUUUAUAGGUGUAAGAGUACAAUGUUAGUUAUAUAAAUGUGUUAUUUUAUCGUCGAUCGUUUUGGCCAUUUUGUUUUGUUUAUAUGGAUAUAAUAGUACAAUACUUGGUUAUGCGCAUUUAAUAGAUUAAACGAGUUUUGUACCUAAAUGUUAUUUGCUUUGUCUUGCAUAACAUUGUCCACCAUUAUUGCUUCUUUAUGUUGAUUUGUUGUUGAUAUAUCAGUUAACAUAUUGUGAGAAAUGGCAGACAAUGUUAUUAUAGAUCUCUUAUAUUUUGUAUAUUGAUGUCGCUGGUUGCUGUUCGAAAAUCGAAAUAUUAAAAAAUCGUUGGCAUAUUGGGAAUUCUAGAUAAAAUUAUGUAAGUAUAUCUUUCUUACUGAAUCUGGUAUUUUCUUUGAUGAACGCGAGUGUUACACAUUUAAAUAAAAUACUUUUGAAGGACUACAACGCGUGUAAUUGUAACUUUUGAUUGUAAUUGUAAUUUGGGAUAGUCUGAAAACGAGAUCUGGAAAGGUCUUGAAUCGUCGGGUUAACUAAAAUAAUAAUAAAAAUGUAACUUUUACGUUAAUGUUAAACAAAGUUACAAUUAUACGCGUUUUAAUCCUUUGAAAAGUGUUUUAUUUACUGAAUCUGUCUAAUUUGUUUGAUAUAUUAUAUGCAAAGGACUUAAUUGUGGCAAAGGCGGUUACAUCUAACAUGUUGUUUUAUAUAUUUGAUGCAAAACAUUCUGAGAGUGGAAUAUGUAUUUAGAUUCAAUAACAAUUGAUGGUACAUUGGGCCAUCCUAGCGAAACUCUAAAAAAAGCGGUUCACUCGAUUGUAUGAAAGGUGCAGUCAUUGCUAGAUUGACAGAUGACUGCUAUAAUCUUAUAAAAAACGGAUAUAGCUGAAAUUCAUUACGUUUUAAGUAACUGUUUGCUUGUGAACCUAGCCGGUUUAUACUUCGUCGCCCUAAUAUUGUAAUUAAUAUUUCAAACUUAUGUCAAAUCACUGCACAUUUCAUACUAAACUAAAUUCCAAUUUUUACUCAGGAGGCCCCGCCUCUUAUUACGUAGUAUUUACAUCCUCUUUGCAUCGGGCCUUGUCGUUGCAUGUCACUUACGUUAGUAUUUCUAAUGGCAACAAAUUUAGCUUUAUGAUUUUUUUUAAUGGAAUUAUAUAUUAUUAAUGUUA